GGCGCCGAGGCGCUGGGGGCCGAGGCGCUGGCGGUUGGAGCGCGGGCUGGCGAUGCUGGGCCCCGGGGCCCGGGCGGAGGAGGGUAGCACUGGCGAGGGCGCGGCCCCAGGGGCCGCGGCGGAGCCUGGGGCAGGGCCGGGGCGGGAGCCAGCGCGGCUGUGCGGCUACCUGCAGAAGCUGUCGGGCAAGGGCCCGCUGCGCGGCUACCGCAGCCGCUGGUUCGUGUUCGACGCGCGCCGCUGCUACCUCUACUAUUUCAAGAACCCGCAGGACGCGCAGCCCCUCGGCCACCUGGACAUCGCGGACGCCUGCUUCAGCUACACGGGCCCCGACGAGGCGGCCGAGCCCGGCGCGGAGCCGCCCGCUCACUUCCAGGUGCACAGCGCGGGAGCCGUCACGGUGCUCAAGGCCCCUAAUCGUCAACUCAUGACUUACUGGUUACAAGAGCUUCAGCAGAAGAGAUGGGAAUAUUGCAACAGUCUCGACAUGGUAAAGUGGGACAGCAGGACCUCCCCAACUCCAGGGGAUUUUUCUAAGGGUCUUGUGGCCAGAGAUAACACAGAUUUAAUUAACCUGCACCCAAAUGCUUCUGCAGAAAAAGCCAGAAAUGUCCUAGCUGUGGAAACUGCCCCUGGAGAGCUGGUGGGAGAGCAAGCUGCAAAUCAGCCCGCCCCAGGGCAUCCAAACUCCAUUAACUUCUCUUUGAAACAGUGGGGCACUGAGCUCAAAAAUUCAAUGUCUUCUUUUCGUCCUGGGAGAGGGCAUAACGACAGUCGGAGGAGUGUGUUUUACACCAAUGAAGAGUGGGAGCUUUUAGAGCCAAGCCCUAAGGACCUGGAGGAGUCCAUGGUGCAGGAAGAAAGGAAGAAGCAGAUCCCUGAAGGAAACAAAGGAGUAACUGGCUCAGGAUUUCCCUUUGAUUUUGGACGUAUUCCCUACAAAGGAAAACGCCCUUUGAAAGACAUGAUUGGAUCGUAUAAAAAUCGCCACAGUAGUGGUGACCCUUCAGCCGAGGGGCCAUCGGGCAGUGGUAGCACCAGCAAGUUGGCCUCCGAGAUGCAGCUGCAGGUCCAGAACCAGCAGGAAGAGCUGGAAAGGUUAAGGAAAGACUUAUCCAGUCAGAAGGAGCUCGUGCGGCUCCUGCAGCAGACGGUGCGGUCCUCCCAGUACGACAAGUACUUCACGAGCAGCCGCCUCUGUGAGGGGGUCCCGCAGGACACGUUGGGGCUUCUGCACCAGAAGGACGACCAGAUUCUGGGCCUCACUAGCCAGCUGGAGAGGUUCAACCAGGAGAAAGAGAGUCUUCAGCACGAAGUAAGGACGCUGAAGAACAAGGUGGGCGAGCUCAGUGAGCAGCUGGGGAUGCUGAUGGAGACCAUCCAGGCCAAGGACGAGGUCAUCAUGAAGCUCUCCCGGCAGCUCAGCGAGUGCGAGGGCAGCGCAUCCUCUCCCACCUCCAUGCCCAGCUCUCCUGUGGCCCUCCCCACAGCCAGGGACCAGCUGGAACUGGACCGACUGAAAGAUAAUCUACAGGGGUACAAAACGCAAAAUAAAUUUCUGAAUAAGGAAAUCUUGGAACUCUCAGCUCUACGGAGAAAUGCAGAAAGAAGAGAGAGGGAUCUGAUGGCAAAGUAUUCUAGCCUGGAAGCCAAGCUCUGCCAGAUAGAAAGCAAAUACUUGAUACUGCUCCAAGAAAUGAAGACACCAGUUUGCUCAGAAGAACAGGGGCCUUCUCGGGAUGUCAUAGCCCAGCUGCUGGAGGAUGCUCUGCAGGUUGAGAGCCCGGAGCAUCCGGAGCAAGCAUUCGUUAAACCUCAUCUCGUCAGUGAAUAUGACAUUUAUGGGUUUAGGACUGUCCCAGAGGAUGACGAGGAAGAGAAGUUGGUUGCCAAAGUCCGAGCAUUGGACCUGAAGACUCUCUACCUCACAGAAAACCAGGAGGUUUCCACUGGCGUCAAGUGGGAAAACUAUUUUGCGAGCACAGUGAACAGGGAGAUGAUGUGCUCUCCAGAAUUAAAGAACCUGAUCCGUGCGGGCAUUCCACAUGAGCACCGUUCCAAGGUGUGGAAGUGGUGUGUGGACCUUCACACCAGGAAAUUCAAGGACAGCAUUAAGCCUGGUUACUUCCAGACCUUGCUUCAGAAGGCUCUGGAGAAACAGAACCCGGCCUCCAAGCAGAUCGAGCUGGACCUGCUGCGGACUCUGCCCAACAACAAACAUUACUCGUGCCCCACCUCGGAAGGCAUACAGAAGCUGCGCAACGUCCUGCUCGCCUUCUCCUGGCGGAAUCCAGACAUUGGCUACUGCCAAGGUCUAAACAGAUUGGUGGCAGUGGCCCUCCUAUACUUGGAACAAGAAGACGCUUUCUGGUGUCUAGUCACCAUAGUGGAAGUUUUCAUGCCUCGAGACUAUUACACAAAGACUCUUUUAGGAUCCCAGGUGGACCAGCGGGUGUUCAGAGACCUCAUGAGUGAGAAGCUGCCUCGACUGCAUGCCCACUUUGAACAGUACAAAGUGGACUACACCCUCAUCACGUUCAACUGGUUUCUGGUGGUGUUUGUGGAUAGCGUCGUUAGUGACAUCCUCUUUAAAAUAUGGGACUCUUUCCUUUACGAGGGACCAAAGGUUAUCUUCCGCUUUGCCCUGGCACUUUUUAAAUACAAGGAAGAGGAGAUCCUGAAAUUGCAAGAUUCAAUGUCCAUAUUCAAGUAUCUCCGUUACUUCACUCGCACUAUCCUUGACGCUAGGAAGCUGAUCGGCAUCUCCUUUGGGGACCUGAACCCAUUCCCCCUGCGCCAGAUCCGGAACCGGCGCACCUACCACUUGGAGAAGGUCCGGCUGGAGCUGACGGAGCUGGAGGCCAUCCGGGAGGACUUCCUGCGUGACCGGGACACCAGCCCUGACAAGGGCGAGCUGGUCAGCGACGAGGAGGAGGACUCCUGAGUGCCACCCACUCCCAGCCCGUGACGCCGCUCUUCCUGCCUUCACAACCAAAGUGUGCCAAAAGGGUGAACUGCAGAGAUGUUUCUGCUCGUUUCAAAGCCAGAAUGUAACAUCCGUGGUCUCUGGAAGUCUGCUGGGCAGAUGUCCAAAGCCACACUGCACUUUCUCAUUUCCACUCGGGGUGGGGGUCUAAUCUGUUUACAGCCAUCUUCAUGCCAUGGCACGUGGCUACUCGUAUCCCGUCAUGCUUUCCGCCUGAUCAGUGCAUCGCUAGGCUUAUAGCUGGCAAUUUUCAAGAGCCUAUUUACAGCAUCUGUCAGCUUUGUUGGUGACUCUGUGCUUAGAAAACCUUACGUGGGCCAUCUCCCCUCGUGGUACCUCCUGUACGUCGUGGGCAAUGUUUUAAACAGUUGCUGUGGAGGGUGCCCACUGCACUUCACACACUCCUGGGCCAGAGUCUGACUGCUUUGGGUGGCAUAAGGUUGGUGUGAAUAAAGGGACUUCCUUAGGAAAGGAAGCACAUCCCUUUUUCAGAAACGGCCUAUAGAAAGCCCACAGACCUUCUGCUGGUGGCUUCAGGGUGCUGGCCGUGCCCCAUUUCUGGGAUAGCUUUUGCCCUUCCACGCACAGCCUUUCAAAUAGUAACUCCCAACCUGCUGGGGGAGGGCCUGGCUCUCCAGACACCACACGCUCACUGUCCGCAUGGCUCCACGAGGCUCUGUGCAAACCUCUUCUUUCCAUCUGAGAGUUGACCCUUGGUUCAUUCUACCCGUGUGGAUGGGAUUCCAAGGAAACUGUGGAUCAUCGUCCUACACGGCAGGCCCACCCUUGGUUGGGGGGAUGGAGGGAGCUUUUCCGGGGGUGCUUUGCAGGGCAACGGUGCAGCUGCAGAGUGAAUGCUGUUGGGCAGCUGGGAACUGUGGCUUCCUCGGGAACAGCCAGUGUGUCUGGCUGGGACGGCAGGAGGUCGGCUGCCAGGGCCUGGGCUGGGAAGCCUUCACUUGAGGUCAAAGCUUUGGCGAGCCCUCCCAGACGCGUCCCCUCCCCACUGCCACUUGGGGGCAUCCUUGUUCUCAGCAGCUGGCCUCCCCUGUGGGGUCACCAUUGCUCCCAGUAUGUGAGGCUGCCUAGGUAAUUCUGGGACUUAGAGCACUACCGUUCUGAAGGCCUGGAAAGAGGCUUUGCCGCAAGGAAGGUUAUUUUUGCUUAAUCACUCUGUGGACCAUCCCUGACGUGUAGAUAUGAGACAGUGUUUCCUGGACAGUAUCACUCAAAUAGGAAAGAAAAUUUUACACGGAUUUUUUUACACUACCUGGAAAAAAUUGGAAAUAAUCCUUAGUUGAUACAAAACACAGACUAUUGAAGCAGUGUAGUUUGAAGCAGCACUUUUUUCAUAAGCUUUUUUUUUUUUUUUUUCUGUCACCCUUCUAGCAGUAUCACAGCUAGGAUGGCGUUUCAGCGUACUAGACCAAGCUCAACUUUUCUUUGGUCAAGCUGGUUAAUUUGAUUUCUCACUGUGUACAGGGAGCUGGCCUCUGUAUGUUGCCAAAAGCCUUCGUCUGUUUUCGGGUGUCAAGAACAUACUUUAUCAUCGUUUUGGUCUUUGGGAGCAGCUGUUUGAGGCCUGCCGUUUUCAGGAAGUUGCCUUGUGAGUUGGGCUGCGGCCUCGCCACUCUGCACAGACCCCCGCAGGACCACUGGGGCUGCUGGAGACCGCCUCCCAGCCCCCACCUCCCACACCUGCUGUCAGCCCAGCGGCCAGCAGCCCAGGAGGUGCAGUAGGAAUGGGGUUGGGGCCCCACAGGUCAGCUCCAGCUUCCUUGAGACUUCAGUUUCCAAGCUGAUUUCCCCCUGGAACUGCUGUGUCCUGUGGGCUAAAAUGCUGCCUUUAGGAAUAUGCUUGUUUUGUCUGUUCUGCCUUGAAAAGACUCAUCUUAAAAGCACCUGAAUUGGGCCCAGGGACCAGCUGUGUGUGGCCGGUGUCAGCCGUGCCCUGAGCGGCGGUGGCGUGUUAGUAUUUCCAGGCUCUCAGCAUCAGUGGUCAGGCAGUGGGCAUGGGAGAGCAGAGAGAGAGAUCGCGGGGGAAGUGGACCAGGAACCCUUGCUAGGAGGUUCUCCUCUCUGGAAUAAAGCGCUAGGUGUCUAGAGGGUGGGAGAGGGAAUGCUUGGCCCGAUUCCAGACUGGGGACGGGAUGGAGCUGAUUCCUUCCUCCAGAACUGUAGGGUUUGGUCCCACUAUUUUGAGCCAACGCUUCCCCUCUCCUUGUGCUGUUGAGGAGAGAGCUGCUCUGUACCCUCCAGUGCCUCCCCUGCUGGUCCCAUGGGGAGGGCCCUUCUGACAGGUGAUAGCCUAGGGUGGGGCGGCCUCCAGCCUGCUUCCCGGGCACACACACCAUGGCCAAGGGGAGCCGUGCUCAUCACACCAGGUGGGAACUGCCACCUUUCACGUUGGUGAGCUGUUUUGUGUGGGUUGAACAUUUGUUAAUACUUUUGUAUAUUUUCAAUACAGUUUAUAUUUUUGUAGACUAUUUUUAUCAAGGUUUCCUAGAUUAUGUACAUCUAUUUUAUAUAACAAGUUCUUCUGCGUGCACGACUCCUUUGUGCGUAUUUAUGUAAACCUGAGCCUCCGGAAUCGCUCUGCACCUCUGUGCCAUCUCUGGCCUCUAGCCUUGACCAUCACUGACUUCUCCUUAUGUAUGCAUGGGCCCACUUCUUACCCCAGGUAGCCUCGGGGCUACUUGCAGUCAUGCCGACAGCUAUCCGACAGCAGCCAAGACUGCUGAGUGCUGGGAACAAUUCUGGUUUCUACAUUCUACUGAUAUAGGAAGUACUCUAGGCAAAUAGCCAGUCCUUUUUUUUUUUUUUUUUAAACUAAAUGUAUUACUGCACAAAUCCCUACUCCUCACUUUGCACGGUGUUGCCUUUCUGCCUGUGUUCUGGGCAGCUGGGCAUGCCUGGGGCCAUCCUUGCAGGCAGGAGGCUGGAUGCCAGCAGUGGAGGACUCGGGGCGUUGCCAAGUGACUCUUUCCUUUUAUGUCACAGCAGCUUCUGUACUUAUCUUCAAGUUAAAUUUUGGAAUUGUCAUACUAAGAGGCAAAAUAAACAACUAAUUUGUAUAACC